AUGACCACGAGAACCGUCCGCUUACCAACUGAUCUUCUUCCCCUCGACCCUGCCGGUCGAGACCGCACCGGCGUCGUCGCCGGCCUCCUGCAGAGCCUCGCCGACACCGCACCCGACGACGUUGUCCUCGACUACAUGCUAUCGCGCCUCGGCACCGAGAGCGCGCGCGAGAAGCUCGGCGGCUUCGCCAUGGCUAGCCUGGGCGUCUCGGACCCGGAGACGCCGGGCUUCUGGAAUCUCGUCAGCUUGCGCCCGUCGUACUGGAACGCCUUCCUCGAGGGUCUACGGGACAAGUACGGCAGCUGGGAGGGCUAUGUCACCAAGGGCCAGGGCUUCUUAGAGGUGGACCUAGAGAUGAUCAAGAAGAAUCUGAGGUCGUAGGCGGACGGUCGAUGUCGCCAGCGGCUUUCAGGAGAGGAGGGCUACAUUUAGGACGUGAAACCGAGAUAGACUAAGAGUUACUGACGUUGAAAUGAG